GUUAGUAUCUGAGUCGACGGAGGAGCCCGUGGGAACUAGUCUCUGUGCGUCAGAACACUUUCCAGGAAUUUCCCUUCGACAAAAAAGCAUCAGUACCGUUGUUUUCCAUGGACCCCAGCGCUCCCUCAGCAGACUGGUCCGAUGAGAAGACGGCCAUGAACCAGCAGCCACCACCACCGCCCUACCCGGGCGAGUUCUACCAGGGAUACCCACCUCCGGGCCCGGGGAUGUCCGCUCCGCAGCCGAUGGGCUAUGCAGGCCAACCAGGCUAUGGAGGCCAGCCAGGGUAUGAAGGUGCCAAGUACGGACAGCAGCCAUACCCCCAGAAUCAGUACGGUCCAAUGAAUCCGUCCACAGUGGUGGUCCAGCCCACUAUGUAUGUGGCCCAAGCCCCCCUGGCCAACCCGGUGAACGACCACUUGUGCUACUCCAUCUUCACCAUGUUGUGCUGCUGCCUGCCGUUGGGAAUUGCUGCUCUCAUCUACUCCAUUAAUACACGUGAAGCCAACCACUUGGGCGACCGCAUGGCGGCCGAACGCAACAGCAGGACAGCCAGAACCCUGAACCACGUGGCUCUGGGCCUGGGCCUGGGUUGCUUCAUCCUGAUGAUCGUCUACGUGGCAGUUAUGGUCUCCGUCCUCGGCAGCCGAUAAAUCGGUCGACUCUCAGAUUGCUACUUCCCUAUCUACAGCGCUUACCUGGCAAAUCUCGAGCUACCAAAGCUAUUUGUAAUCUGACUUAUGCAUAAAAUAUGAAUGUUCAAAAACAAGUGUGACAACACCUUGAUUUGUUUAUCACCUGUGCCUUCGCGUCCCUGCUUUAUGUACCGCUCUCUCUCUCUCUUUUUUUUUCAAGACGUAGUGUUUUAGUGUGUAUAGUGAUGCACGCGGUAUGCUUGAUACAAAUGUACCAUACUCUUUCGAAACAUAUUGAAAUGCUGUUGCCUUUUCAAAUCAACACUUGGCUGUGAUUAUGUAUCAAGUACAAAGUUUGUAUGAAAACUAACCAAAAACACAUUUGUUUGCUACAGAAAAAAAAUGUUCAUAUUUGGUUUCAAGGCAGAUUAUAAUUGUUAUUUUAUUUACAAGUUUCCAAGAUUAGUGUUCUCGCUACUAAACAGAGCUGUAAAAGCAUAUUGCAAAAUUCUUUUCUAAAUAAAGAUAUUAACAUGGAA